GAAAUGGAAUAUACUAGAUUAGGAAAUACAGGAUUAUUAAUUUCAAGAAUAUCUUUUGGAAAUAUGGUAAAUUUCGCUCCUGAAGAUGAAGAUAUUAACACUGAAAUUAUCAAAACUUGUUAUGAAGCAGGUGUUAAUUUCUUUGAUACUGCAGAAAUGUAUUCUAAAUUCCUAAAAUUUUAGAUAUGAAAAUGGAAAGGCAGAAGAAUAACUUGGAAGAUCAAUAAAAAAACUGAAUAUUCCUCGAGAAAAGAUUAUAGUAUCCGUAAAGAUUCUAGCUAAUCUUGAAGAAGGUGGGAAUCCAAUUAAUCGUUCGUUCACUUUAAAUAGAAAACAUGUAAUCGAAGGAGUUAAUGCAUCACUUAAAAGGCUUUAAUUAGAUUAUGCAGACAUAGCAUAUGCUCAUUUUUUAGAUUAAGAUAUAUCAGUUGAAGAAAUUUGUAGAGGAUUCAAUUAAAUUAUAGAAGAUGGAAAAGCUUUCUAUUGGGGAACUUCAAAUUGGAAACCUUCAAAAGUUUAAGAAGCUUUCAACUAUUGUGAUAAGCAUGGAUUAAUUAGACCUGUAGUUGAACAGUGCAUCUAUAAUAUGGUUAUUAGAAAUAUAGUAGAGAAAGAUUAUGCAGAUAUUUUUUCAUAAGGAUAUGGAUCCACAAUAUACAGCCCAUUAUAAGGAGGAUUAUUAACUGGAAAAUACAACAAUAAUCAAAUCCCAGAAGAUAGUAGAGCUGGUAAAGAUAAUGGUUGGUUAACUAAAGAUAAAUCUCAUGCUGUAUUUUUUGCAUAAUUUUGUACUUUUAUUUAUUUAAUCUUAAAGUGGGUAAUGAGGAUGCUUUGACAAAACUCAAAAAGUUAGGAGAUUUAGCUCAAUCACUUGGUUAUACUCAAACUUAAUUGUCAAUAGCUUGGGUCUUAUAUAAUAAAGAUGUCUCUACUGCUAUUGUUGGUGCCAAGACUGUCCAAUAAAUUAAAGAUUCAUUGAAAGCACUUGAAUUAUACAAAAAGUGGGAUUAAGAAUUAGAACAAAAGGUUGAAGCAAUCUUAUAAAAUAAACCAAAAUAAGAUUUUAAUUGGUAAACCGGUAAGCCUAUACCUGAUAGAAGAUGAUGAGAU